UUUGUGUUUUCCUCUUUCUUCACCCUUGCGCGGCCGUUGCGCUCGCCAAAAAGCACCCAAUCUUUCCGGUCGGAAACGGAGCCCGAUUCCUUUGCGCGCCUCGCCAUUCGUCGUGAUUCUUCCUCCUCAAUCGAGGAAGCGGCGCGCGUUUCUGCGUCAAACGGGAAGCAAAAGCUCGCGCUUUUUUUUUUCUCCUUUUCAUUUCAAUUGGUGUAUAUAGCUGAGGACUCCGAGCGAUCAGAGAUCUGAUCUAGGGCGGCAGGGGGUGUCGACCCCGGGGCUGCGAGAUGGCAACCGCCGGCGCCGCCGCCGGCGCCGAGGACCAGGCCUUGUCCGAGCUUCAUGAAAAGCAUCGAAUUGACCUGGAGAGAUUAACGCUGACUUCUCAGCCAUUCAGAACGUUCGCAUUAUUUGCAUUAGCCAUUGGAGAAAGUAUAAAAAGCACAUGUGUGUGUGUUCUGAAAGAAAGUGCUCGAUUGAAGUUCUUGGUUUUUUUGGUUGUCUCUGCCUGGGUUAUGCUCUUGGUCACUGAUGGCCCACAUGAAAAGCAUGUCCAGGAGCUGCUUUGGUAUGUCAGAUUUGGAUUAUGGUGGGUCAUACUAGGGGUGGCUUCAUCCAUUGGAUUAGGUUCUGGUUUGCAUACAUUUGUAUUGUAUUUAGGGCCUCAUAUUGCCCUUUUUACAAUCAAAGCAGUCCAUUGUAGUCGAACUGAUUUAAAGAGUGCUCCUUAUGAUACUAUUGUCCUUAAAAUGAGACCUUCGUGGUUGGAGAAAGACUGUCUAGAAUUUGGACCUCCAAUGUACCAGGAUACAAUUCCAUUUAGCAAAAUACUGCACGAAGUUCACCUUGAAGCUUUUCUCUGGGGCAUUGGAACUGCACUUGGAGAACUUCCUCCAUAUUUCCUCUCGAGAGCAGCUAGGAUGUCAGGACGCAAACUAGACGAGCUAGGAGAGUUGGAUGCUUCUAUUACAGGAGAAGGUUUCUUAUCCUCAACCCUGCAUCGGGCUAAAAGAUGGCUUAUGUCUCACUCAGAGCAUCUUAACUUCCCUACCAUCCUGUUACUUGCUUCGGUGCCAAACCCCCUCUUUGAUCUUGCCGGUAUUUUGUGUGGGCAAUUUAACAUUCCAUUCUGGAAGUUCUUUCUAGCAACUUUAAUCGGAAAGGCUGUUAUUAAGGUUUAUAUCCAGACAACGCUAGUAAUUACUCUCUGCAAUAACCAACUUCUUGAAUUGCUGGAGAAAAGGAUUAUGUGGGUAUUUGGCAAUGUUCCUGUGGUAUCAUCUGUUCUUCCCUCUUUAGUUGGCAAGUUGAAGACAGCAAAGAAAAAGUUUUUAUCAGCUAGUGUUGCUGCAUCAGCUUCAAGUGCUGUAAAGGAAACGAAGUGGAACCUGUCAUUCUCUCUAAUCUGGAAUACCAUAGUGUGGCUUUUGAUCAUGAACUUCAUCGUUCAGAUUAUUACUUCUACAGCACAAAGCUAUCUCAAGAGGCAACAAGAGCUAGAGACCCGUAAGAAGUUGUCAGCGACAUGUACAGUUUCUGAACCUUCCCCUGUGUUAUGAAAUUAAUUCAGCCCAGAUCAUUUCAUCUCAUAUAAAAAUCAGCAUUCUUCACGCACCUGAGGAUGAUACAGUUAAGUUGCCAACUCCAAAUAUGGCUAUUUACAACGCGCUGUAAGGCCGGUAUUGUUCAAGAAAUUUACAUAGGUAGUUGAUACAUUGUACAUAACCUGUCCCAUCAAGCCAUGACAGGGAAAUUAGUACCCCUGCAUUAUUGUGGAGCACUACCUGUUGCUGUACUUAAUUGAAAGCCACAAAAAGGAAAAUGCAUGACUAGCCCUCCGAUGUAAUGCGUCCCCAGCUACAAUUUCUGGGGCCCAAUCUGUACAUAGCAACCAACCAAGGUAUCAAUUACACAGGGAAGCUAUUCAUGCCCCGAUGCCUUCCUAUCCUCCUCUCUUCAGUUGAUUUUGUCCCUGCAGCGGCAAUGAUUUCCUCCCUGUUGAGGUAUUAUUUGUCCUUUGUUGCUGAUGGCUACCUGAUGAGAUUUCUGUUCCUGUCCAUGCACAACACAUGACAGCAGAUGGUUAGACUGAAAAGGUUGCAUCUUUAUCAACUGCACUGUGCCUUUUCUCCGUGAAGUUGCAUCGCCUUGUACUACUCCAUCUUGUGACGUAACUUCAGUGGAGAUUGAAGUUAAAUUAUUGGUGUUCUUUGCCCGUAGAAUUCUGCUUCGACAGAUACGGGUCGCUGAUAUUAAUCUUGUCAUGUUAAAGAAAAGCGAGGAAAAGGAUGGGCAAUACUGCAAGAGUUCCAGUUGAAUUGGGCAGUUGAAUUCUGCUGCUAAACUGGAGCGUACUUUUAACUCUUCCAGAUUGACACAAAACGCUUUCUUGCAGUUCCAGCUCAGUCAGUCUUCUUCAAAAUUUAAUAUUGGUGUUUACUUAGGUCUCUAGGGGAUAAGAACAACUCGUAAACUGGAACAUCACAACCCUAAUCAGGUAACCUCUACAUUAGGCGAAGUAUGAACUGAACUUUCAAUCUUUUAGGCUAUGAGGUUGCAAUUGACUCACAAUGUUCAGGGAGCAAUGAAGCGUGUCCUCCUCUGAUUUUUUUUCUGUUCUUUCCAGAGGAAAGCUCCCCAAUUUAAGAAGAAAUAAUCAGGCAGACAAUAAACAUAUGCUUUACCACUGAACUCUUGGUCCAUGCUCCACUAUGUAGGAGAUCUUGAAUUAGUUAUGACAUGGUGAACUGAAUCAGGCACAUCAUUUUUCAGUACUUGCGUAGUAAGUGCGCAAUUCUGUCCACAAUCUUCAC